CAGCAGUCAGUCUUUGCUCCAGCAUCAUCCAGCUUCAUAUGGCCACACAGCAGAGCAGUGCCAAGGCCAUGCUUCAGCCGAGGCUCAGUGGGAAUGGGCAAAAGGUAGUUUCUACUGCUGGUCUUGACACCUGUCAGUGGAGCAUCUCACCUAUCUACCUGCCCUUUCUAGAUGCUGACUGCACAGAGAUCAAGAACAAGUUUGUGGCUGCUCGCUCUCACCUUCCUGUCAUGUUCAUUGCCACCCCCAAAGACAAAUGGAACUCAAUAUGGACCCAGGAGCGACCAUCAGCGCAGAUCCUGCAGCGCCUUCUUGUGUUGGCCUCAGAGUCUGUCCGGGCCCUUGAGGAGCAGCUCAUGGACCCGCUCAGCAGCCAGGAUGUGAAGGUAAUCCCUUGGGGCACAACGUGA